AUGUCAGAUGCAACAGAGUCAGCAACGUCAGAAGUGAUAGGACUUGUUGAAAGAGCCGUGGGAGCACUUGGAUCUGGAUUAGCAAGAUUUGUGGGAAGAGCAGGAUCAGAAAUGUUUGGAACAGCACCAUCACAGACACAACCAGCAGAGAUGGGGGAACACAUGAAUUCUGGAUCAGUUCAAUAUUUACAACAGGGAGAUUUGGAAAAAAUAAGAUAUCUAUUUCAGAGGCUUCAUCUUGAAGGCACACAGCAGAAUAAAAAGAGUGCUGCAGAUGUUCUUCAGAUAACCGCACAUUCAUUACGGUCUCAUGAAUCUUGUGCGGAUGAGGAGCUGGUUCAGACAUUCCUACAGAAACUACUGAUGAUGGACUACAGAGCAAGAAAUAUUGAAACAUUUAAAGAGACCAAUGAGCAGGACAACACGCUUCAAAGCGGGAAUGACUCGUCUGAAGAUGCAGGGGAUGUUUUUGAUUUUGCUGUGUUCAAUAAAAAAACCAGCAAAGCAGAUCAUGUUCACCUGAUGGAUGUUCAGAUGGCCGUGUUUCAUUGUGCCGAUAUUCUCCUGAGGCAGCUUAUGGUUACUAAACUUUCCCAGUGUCAGUUUGCUCUUCCUCUGCUUGUACCUGAUCCAUUCACACAAAAGAUUCAGUUUCCUCUCUGGUCGUUCAGACAAAUCAGCAAGAGCUGGAAGAUGAGAAUUUCAGACAAAAUCGUCAGUAAAGUCCAGCCGGUGUACAAAGCAGAAACUCCAAUGGUUUCGUUUUUACGGUUUGGCUCUUUGUCUUUGUCCAAGUCUCAGCUGAUGAACAGUCUGAUCAAUGAGAAACACAACACAUUCUUCCACAGGAACUGUCCGGGCAGCAGCAGAAACAGACUUCUGAUGGACGGAGUGGUGGAGAUUGCCUGGUUCUGUCCCUCUGGGAAAAACACAGAUAAAUUUAAUGAAUGUGUGGCAUUCUGUAACCUACACGGUGAUGCAGGAGCCAAUGAGAAACAACUGCAGAUUCUGAGUGAAAUGUCUUCAGUCAAUGUUGUCAUUCUACCACAACUCGACAAGAAUGACAAAAGUGCAACAAAGAUUCAAAACCUAAACAGAGACAAAAAACCACUCAUAUUUCUUCUCACUGAGGUUGAAUCUGCUGUUAUUAAGAAUAAGGGAAUAUACAAAAUUGGUCUGAAAGACAAAAGUCAGUCAGAAGUAUGUAAAGAACUCAGAAGAGCUAUAAAUGACUGUCUCUCGUCUUCAGCAUCAGCUUCUGUGUUCAGACUCGAAGAUGUGCACCAAUUCUCAGAUAUCAGAGUAGAUGAGGAAGAUGAUGAAGACUGCCGGAAGGGAAGAGAAGCAGCAGAACAGAUGUUGAGUUUACUGAAGAAUAAACAUCUGACAGAUAUCAAAGGGUCAUUUCUGCCCUGUCAGGGAAAACUAUGGCAUCAGUGGUCUGAAAAGAACAAAGAACUUCAUCGGCCUCAUGGGGGGGAUGAUCUAGAAUUAGAAAUAAGCAACAGACAAAAAGAAAUGAAGAAAAUUCGUGAACAGCAACAUGAAUCUAAAAUGAGUCCGUUCAUCAAGUUCUUUAUAAAACAGAUGAACUCAGAUGCUGCAUACACAAAGUUCUUUCUUAAGUGGCUCAGAAAUCUUCUGGAUGAAUAUACAUCAGCUGAUAUUUCUGCUAAAGAGCAAAAAGAACUGGAGAAAAUAUCUGAAGAUCUUCAAGCUGCAACCUUCGGCUUGGAGCACAUCCUGAGAGAGAUCGGUCAGAUCUAUGAAUCAUGUUCAUCCCUAAAGAAGAACAAGACAGACCUGGAGUGCUCCUACUCUUCUCUCCCGAGUAUUGCAGCUGAGAUGAUGAUAUCAGGAUUUCCGCUGGAGCUGAUGGAUGGAGAUGCUGCUCAUGUUCCUAUGAUCUGGGUAACUGCUGUUCUAGAUAAACUCAUCCAGAAACUGGGAGACCAGAGAGUGUUUGUGAUGUCAAUUUUAGGAAUUCAGAGCUCUGGGAAAUCCACCAUGCUGAAUACCAUGUUUGGACUUCAGUUUGCAGUCAGUGCUGGUCGCUGCACCAGAGGAGCUUUCAUGCAGCUGCUCAGAGUGUCAGAGGAGAUGAAAGAACAGCUGAAGUUUGACUAUUUUCUGGUGGUUGAUACCGAGGGUCUUCGUGCUCCAGAACUGGCUGGAAGGAGCACAAGGCAUCAUGAUAAUGAACUGGCCACAUUUGUUGUGGGUCUUGGUAAUCUGACCUUGAUCAACAUCUUUGGAGAAAACCCCUCUGAGAUGCAGGAUAUUCUUCAGAUUGUUGUUCAGGCCCUUAUGAGGAUGAAGAAGAUCAGACUGAAACCCAGCUGCAUGUUUGUGCAUCAAAACGUUUCAGACAUCACAGCUGGAGACAAAAACAUGGAGGGAAAGAGACGACUACAGGACACGUUGGAUGAGAUGACAAAACUUGCUGCAAAAGAUGAAGACUGUGAUGCAGACUGUUUUAGCGAUGUCAUUAAUUUUGAUGUACAGAAUGAUGUGAAGUAUUUUGCGCAGCUGUGGGAGGGCAGCCCACCCAUGGCACCGCCAAAUCCAAACUACUGUGAGAAUAUUCAAGAACUAAAGGAAACUAUUAUCUCACAUGCCACAAAAUCAGACGGUUUGAAACUCACGCACCUACGUGAGCGAAUUCAUGAUCUCUGGGAGGCUUUACUAAGUGAAAGUUUUGUGUUCAGCUUCAGAAACUCUCUGGAGAUUGCAUCAUACAAGAAACUAGAGACAGAAUAUAGCAAGUGGACCUGGACUCUACGCAGUGCCGUGCUGGAAAUAGAGAACAAACUACAAAUCAAAAUAGAAAAUGAAGGAAUUCAUGAGAUUGAGAAAAAUGAUCUGCAAAGAGAUCUGAAGGAGAAAAGUGAAGAAGUGAAAAAAUCUAUAUCAGAAUUCUUUGAGAAAGACACAGAAAAAGAUAUCCUGAUUCAGUGGAAAGUGUCAUUUGAAAUAAAAAUCAAAGAGCUUCAGGAUAACAUUUUAAACAAAGCAAAUAAGAAAUUAAACGAGAUUCUUCAGCAGCGAGGCCUGAAGAAAGAGAUUGAUGCUCAGAAGACACGUCAUGAAAAUACCCUCUUAGAAAAGAGCAAAGAACUUGCCUUAAAACACAAAGACCAAAAUGACGAUGAAAUACUGAAAAAAGAGUUUGAUUUGUUUUGGGAAGCCUGUGUGAAGAAGACCAUCAAAGAUACUCCUUCAAUUCAAGACAUUAACAUAUUAAGAGAUGUGAAAAAUCAUCUCAGUGACAACUAUGAAAGUGUCUCUGUGGAACAUAGGAAAGAGAUCAGGAAUAUUUUCACUACGCAACAAUAUCCAAGUUAUGUUCAGUUAAAAAAGUCUGUUCGUAAAGAGGCACUUGGUUUAAUUCUGUCUAAUGAAGAUAAAGCACAAAUAAGAUCCUUGAUCUCAGACGUUUGGCAGGAAACAGACAAGAUGAUCAUUUCAUUUAACAUGUCAAAGAUGGGCUACAACACCAGCUACAUUCAAAUACUCAUAGAUUACAUCAAGGCAAGAAUAGUAGAUUAUGAAGGACAAGUGAAAUAUAAAUUCAAGAAUGAAUUCUUUGUGGAUUUGGUAUUUUCCAUAUUCAAUAGAGCAAAAAACACUUUCAUUGACCAACACAGAAUGUUCAGGGAUGCCAACGAUCCUGUUCUCUAUAUUGAGAAGAAGAGGACAGAAUUCUAUAGUAUUUUCCAGAAAUACUGUCAAGGAGCAACAUCUUCUGCAAUUUUUGGUCAGAUCAUCUGUCAGAAACUAAAAGAACCAGUUGAAAAGAAUGUCUUCGAAAAAACUGCCAGAACUGUAGCAAAUGAAAUACAAAUGAACAGCCUUUCACUGAAUGGAAACAGAUCAAAUCUGGAGAAGCACAUCUUAAAGAAGUUGGCAGAAGAGGAGAAGUUUGACAAAUACAUUAACUAUAUUGAACAUCCCGAGGAUCACUUCAAGAGUUUCAUCAGAGAGGAAGUGAAUGAGUACAUCACUGUUAAUUUCGGUAGACUUCAACCCAAAAUGAAAGAGAACAUUGACCACCUGCAGACGAUGAUCAUGACAGCUGCACAUGAAUCUACUGAACAUGUUCAAAAGAACAGCGGAGAUGUUGAUUUGUGGUUAAAGUUUUUCACACAAAAGCUCUCAGGUGUUCUGACGUUCACAGUGAAAGACCUGAGUGGAGUAAGAUGUGACGAUGUUGAUGAUUUCAACCUAUUAGAAGAUGUGAUAAGAACAGAACUUCCAUUCAUUAUGUCUGCCGUCCCUAAAGACAAAGAUACAUUUAAUAAAAGACUGGAUCUCAGCAACAGACCAGAUGAGAUUCUGAUUGAUCACUUCUGUCAGUGCUGUUGGGUUCGGUGUCCAUUCUGUCAUAUCAUCUGCACCAACACAAUAAACAAUCAUGAUGAAGAUCACAGUGUUCCUUUCCAUCGUAUUGUUGGAUUAGCAGGGAUGUCCUAUAGAGACACAACAAACCUUUCUAUUAGCAUCUGCACAUCAGCAGUAGCAAGUGAUCGAUCUUUUUAUUCACAUGAUGAAAAAUUUCUCUGGAGAGAAUAUAGAAAAGCCGGAGGAGUUCAUGCAAAGUGGAGCAUCACUCCUGAUCUCUCUGAGCUGCCCUAUUGGAAGUGGUUUGUGUGCAGAUUCCAGGAAGACCUAGAAGACCAUUAUGGGAAAACAUUCCAGGGUAGUGGAAAGAUUCCGGAUGAAUGGAGAAAAAUUGAAAAAAAGCAAGCUAUUGAGAGUUUGGUUAACAUGUAAUGAAGAUAAACUAGGAGCUGUAAGAGAAACCCCGUAAUUACACAACACAACAUAUAAUAUAAAUGAUACGUUCUUUAUUCUCAGUUAUUUGGUAAUUGAUCAUACUUUGUUAACUGUUUAAAAAUUGGUUAAAUAGUUUUUUAUUGAAAUUAUUAUAAUUAUUACAAUAUUAUUAUUAAAUCAUUUACCUAUGUAAAACAAAUUACAAAAAUAUUUUUAUUAUCUUCUGCAAUAAAUCAAUUAAAACAUUUAAUUAAUACUAUUUACAUGAUAUACUGAUUAAUUAACCACAAUUAAUUAACAAUUUUUUUAUCAUCAACUGUAUUGAUAUUUGCUAUGAAAAAAGGAAGGUCACAAGAGACCCAUUUAUUUCUUUGA